GGCUGCUCGCGCUGCGCCGUUAGGCCCACGCGGGCGCGGCCGUUGGGCUCGGCGGCUGGGCCCGGCGGCGCUGCCGGCCAGGGGGCGGCCAUGGAGCGGGGAGGCUUGCCGGACGUGGCGCCGGGGCUGCGGGGCCAGUGGCCCGUCGUGGUCCUCCACGUGUGCUGCUUCCUGUGGGCUCUGUUUUCGCUCUGCCAGAACGUGGGGCUGCCUAAUUCCGCCCGCAGGGAGAGCGACGACACCUACGGAGGUCGUUGGAAAUACCUGACCUUCAUCAACCAGAUUCUGCAAACUUUAUUGUUUGGGAUAUGUGUCAUAAUUGAUUUUGUACUCAUAUUCACAACUGCCAAAAAGAAGAGUGUGUCAUCCAAAUUGUUGCCUGUGAAAGACUUCAUCUUCUCGGUGCUAGUAUUCCCUGUUGGGUUGUUUGUAGCUGUUAUGUUUUGGACUCUAUAUGCAUAUAACAGAGAACUUAUAUAUCCUGAAGAGCUGGAUGAGAUUAAUCCAAGCUGGCUUAAUCAUACUAUGCAUACCACCAUACUGCCAUUACUUUUUGUAGAGCUGAUAGCAUGUCCACAUAAAUAUCCUGGUAAACUGAAUGGAAUAAUAGGACUUAGCAUCUUUGGUUCUUCAUACCUUAUAUGGUAGGCCUUCCUUGUUCCUCAGAAAUAUAUUUUUGUAAAAUAAUUUUCUUCCUUCAAAGAAUCAUGUUAAACAAAAAUGAGUUAAGAGUAUGAACCUGCAGUCGUCUUGGGUUUUAUGUUGUGUUUAUUAUGUUCUUUAUGUUUAAUUUAUAGCAAUGUACUUCAAUUCUUACACAGAAAUACAACAAUAAAUAAUUUAGAAGAAACAUGUAGAGGUUGCAGAUGUUUAUUCUGUUUGUUCUUCUGUUUGUCUCCCUGUUUAUGUUCAUCUCAUUCUUAACAGUACCUCUGUGGUGCUUAAAGACUUCUGUGAUUGUAGGUUUUGAAUAUAUAAAAAUGGGACAUUCUGUUAAAUGUUUGAUACCUAAGAGAUAAUCCUAGCAGGAAAGAUGUGUCUGAGUGGGACUAGAAAACAAGUGAAUAAUGAAACUUUCAGAAAAAGAACAAAAAUUAAGUGGAACAGAUUACAAUUUUAACUUUUUUUAACAUAUUAAUAAAGAGCUAGUUUUCUCUUG